UGUAUGUGCCCCUUCUUUCUACCAUUUCUGCCUUUUACUGUUAUUUAUUAUUGUUUAUUAUUCCAUGCUUUGUUGCGGAGUGGUGCCAUCGCCGCCAUGGCCAUGGCUAUCUCGGACGAGACCCCCGUCCCGGUUCGCGACAGGGCUGCUGGUGCUGCCGAUGAUGAGGAUGAUGGUGGUGGUGGUGGAGGAGGGAUCAAUGGCGACGCGAAGGGGAACCAGACCUCGCACGAGAUGGAGCGCAUAGAGCCAUUGCCGGACGUAGAUGCAAUCCGUGCGGCUCUGAAUGGUGUCGUGGUUGAGAAGGAGCAAGUCCUCUUGGAGAAUAGUCUGCUCUCCGACCAUCUCAUGGUUGCUGCAGCGACUCAUGAUGCGCUCGGGCAGCGGAGACAACAUGCAAAUCCAAUUGGAUUCGCUGGAGGAGCUCGACGAAGUCUACGAGGAGGUGGAAGAGAAUCAAGCGUACUUCCGAGGUCGGAUUUCUUCGUCGGGCAUGUCGUUCAAUAUCCCGUCCCCAAGCUCCGAGGGUCGCCGGGAGUCCGGCUCUUAUCGACUCCCGUGGAUGCGCAGUUCUCAUGAGAUGGCGCAGGCAUUGAGCAUGGAGGAGCGAUGCGACAUUGCUGCGGCCGAAACCAAUUUGAAUAAAGAACAGAUGAACAUAUACCGGCAAGAAAGUGAGCGGAUUUUGGACGAACUUCAGGCAGCGUAUGACGAAGCAGAGUUAAGAAUAGGCGAAAUUCGAAGGGACGUCGCAGAUUUUCACCGCGAAGUCAUUGUAGAAGCUUCAGAGAGGGGCACCGAGACUGCCAGUUCUGAGCAUGUGCUAAAGUUUUUGCAGCAGAAAGUCAGGAAGACUCGGUCAAACACAGAGAAGCUGCGAGAGCGAAACGCAACACUUCAGGGGAACAUCGCGAAAACCGAGGCAGCCCUGGAAAUUAAGAAAGAUCUGUCAGAUGUUCUGCAUGCAGUCGACUUUGAUCAAUUAGCCAUACAAAAACAGCAACUUGAGGCCCGUCUUAGGGAUCGUGAAAACGAGGUUUUUCGAUUGAAGAGAGAGAAUCUAAAAACGGAGAAGGCACUAGAAAAGACCCAUUCCCAGCUGAGAGUGCUUUUCGAAGAAUACAAUGUCAUCAAAGCAACUCUACUUGAGCGACAGCCUCAGCUUCACCGUGUCAGAGAGGACACGGCCAAAGCCAUCGCGCUGAAGAGGAAAAUGCAAGAAUCGUUGCAACAGUUUAUGAAGGAACGAGAAUCUUCGAGUGGCGAGAAGAAGCCCACUGCCAUGGAGUAUCUGGACUUGAAGAAGAGGGUGGCGAUUUUGCAACAGAAAUCGCACGCAAUGCAGAUGAAGGUGGGCGUUGCAGAUCUCACAGCAACUCAACUGGGUGUCAAGCUUUGCAAAGCCAUCAAAGCCUGCAAGGAGUGACUUCUCGUCAUUGUGCCAGCAAUUUAAUUUAUUUUUUUAAAUUAUUUUUAUCUUUCGUUCUCGUAGUCUUUUAUUUUUUAAAAACAUUUUUGCAUAGAAAGCAAGGUUUUCCUCUCGUUCAGAACUGUGUGUUUUAACACCGACAUGAUGGAACGAAUCUAUUUUGCAUUUUCUGCAGUGAUAUCUUUGUUAUGUU